AGGCGUUUCUCAAUGUCAAGGAUACUUCCUUGGCAGGACUGGUCCUUCCAAGUCACUUCCUUCAGAGGCUAGGCGAGGCUCCUCUUUAACAUUCGGAGAACACGUAAAUGGAACAUACUAGCAAGUGCACGUGUAACCCGGGUGAUCCAGGCUACUAGUAAAAGUGUUGAAAGUUAUGUAAAAAAAAAAAAAAAAAAAAAAAAAAAAAGGGAAAAUUAAGAACAAGAGGAUAAGAGAGAAAAGCGAGUGCUUUAGAAGAGAAAGUGUUUCGUCUUAUCAUUGAUCGUGCUGCAUUGAUUGACACUCCAACGAGCCAAUGGUAGCAGCGCACUGAGAUGGCACCGGCGACUUCACCACUAUCAGACAUUGAGAGAGAGCGAGCGAGUCAGAUGAAGCAUGUACACACUGAGUGAUUUCCAGAUACUCCGUAUAAAAAAGAUCGUGAUUGAGAUAGAAAACUUGAAUGCAAUCAAGAGAUUACAUUUCUGAGUGAACUUUGAAGAGCUGAUGCCGAAGUGAGAAGACGACGAGGCAGAGAAUCGAGAAUAAAGGCCAAUGUAGAUACACGGAGCACCAAAGCACCGCAAAUUAUCAUCUUAAUAAGAUGUGAAAUUCUUGCCUUGGCUGGGUUUUUUUUUCCCUUUUUUUCUGAGAAACUGUGAACACCAUCCUGGACACGUGAGACGCAUAUGAGCGUAUGUAAAAGGCGAGCCACCCGCGGAGACAAUUUGAUUGUUGAACCUUGAUCUUGAAUUCAUCGGAACCGGUAUGAUGAAUCUUUUCCUUUUGUUUUUGAACAAACAGGACUGAGACUUUGCAUAUUUUUUCCUCGAGCUUUGAACGGAGAGACAUUGAUUCUGAACUGAACAAUUCUAAAGAGUCAACAAGUCUUUUGAUCUGAGUCAUUUGACUCUGAACUGACAUUAACUGAAUCAAUCUAGUGAAUCUUGAAUAUUUGAUCCAUUUGGCUGAAAAGACUGUUACAUUCUAAAGGGAAAGAGUUAUUUGAAUUGAGUUGUAAUAUUUUGUUCUGAAAAACAUUGUUUAUUGUUUCUUUCAAUUUUAUUGGGUUAUAAACAAACUGAGUCUGUGGAGUUUUCCAAUAAGUUUAUUUUAUUAUUUCAUUUUCAUGCAAAGUAUAUGACAAUUGUUCUCAAUUGAGUUGAUGAUUGAGUUGAUUCCAACUUCCUGGAAUUUCAAAAAGAGAAUUGAUUAUAAGCAUUGUUAAACAUUGUAUGUUGUUAAAUUACAAUAUUGAGAUUUACAUACUCCAGACAAAUUGCAAUUGAGAGACUCUUCAAUGAAUGCAAGAUUCCAACCAGUAAAUUAAAUUCUUGGUUUUCACCUACCUGCUGUGUUGCUUCCCUCUCUCCAGUAGCCGCUCCUUACUUUCUGAUCAGUUGGCCCAUAUCGAACCAUAUUGAACCCUAUACAAGUGUGACACAUCAGACUCGACACGUGUUACGCGCUACACUUUGGCGAGCCAGCCAGGAGUGAGGGCGCUACAGCGACUGAGGUGAAUAAUCAUCAAUACAAGUACGUACAGUGAAUCUGAUAGAAAUGGAUGUUGUGGAACGGGAAGGCGUUAAUGUGCAAAAUGCAGUAAUUGUUAGUGGCAUAACACUGACUGAAUCAGAUCAAGCACUAGAAACGUGCCUCUUGAGAUUUGGCUCCAUACGACGCAAUCUACUGAUUGACGAUCCACAAUCUGAGUUUCAUCGUAAUGCAGUAGUGGAGUUCACGCACAGUUCAGCCAUGUGUGAUCUUGAGCCCCAGCUGCCACUAACCUUAGUGAGCCCUACUGAUGCAGACAUUGUGUUCCAUGUGCGCGCUCUGGGUAAAGUUUACACCCCCGCCACUAGUAGCGCCACCGCUGAGUGCUUGGAGAAACUACAAGUAAUAGCAAGCGCCAAUGGGGAAACCCUACAAGAUGUUCUCCAACGAGAAUUGAUGAAGGUUAGUGGAGUGAAAGCCCAAGCUGAUGAGUCAUGUAGAGUAGGACCUGGGCAAGAGCAAGGCCCCCCAGAGACAAGCCCCUUGACAAGUGCGACUAGCACUCCUUCGCGGUUGGAAGGAUUCAAGUCACCCUCUGAACUGAGAAUAGAGCCUGAAAACCCAGUCAAGGUGAAUAUAGGCGCAGCAUCGCCUCACUUUUCGAAUGAUGCAGAUGCCAACUCUGCUGAGACAAUAUCAGUGAAGCUUCCCAUGUCUGCUAUGAACCCUUCAGGUAUCCAGAGGAUAGUGAUGGAACACAUUAUGAGGACGAGUGAUCCCGUGUCCCCACAUAGUGCUUCAUUCCGCCUGAAAGCUUUCUCUGGGAGGAGCCCUCGUCCAAACAACGAACCUGACUUCGACACCUGGAGGGCAAGUGUUGACUACUUACUGAAUGAUCCAUCCCUUCUUGAGUCACACAAGACGCGGAAAAUUCUGGACUGCUUGUUACCGCCUGCUUCAGACAUAAUCAAGCAUGUGAACCCGAACGCUCCGUCGUCAGAGUGUCUUAGACUGCUGGAGUCCGUCUAUGGGUCGGUGGAGGAUGGAGACGAAUUAUUAACCAAGUUUAUAAGUACCCUGCAGAAUCCUGGCGAAAGGUCGUCCGCCUACCUCCACAGAUUGCAUGUAAUUCUGAGUGCUGCCAUCAGACGGAGCGGAGUUGCAGAGAGUGAACGAGACCGUUGUCUGUUGAGGCAGUUCUGCCGUGGCUGCUGGGACAAUGCCCUGAUAGCUGAUCUGCAGCUCGAAAAGAGAAAAGCAGACCCACCUUCUUUUGCUGAAUUAGCCAUACUCAUCCGUACAGCUGAAGAAAAGCAAACAUCAAAGGAGGAGAGAAUGAGAAAGCAUCUUGGUGUAAGUAAACACCCACCAGCCCCACUCAAACUGCGAACUGCAGCCCACCAACAGUCUGCUUAUCCUUGUAAUGCAGUAGAGGAGGAUGUUAACAAUUCUCUAGCCUCUGCCAUUCCCAAGCAGAAAGCCUCUAAGCAGAAAAUUAAAACACAGUACCCUCAGAUGUCUGAAGUAGACAUUCUGAAGAAAGAGAUUGCAGCUCUCCAAAGCCAAGUUGCAGCCAUUAAGACAGCUACUAACCAGGAAGUGAGAGGGCAAGCAGGGACAAGUGAUCUUCAGGGACUGAAAGAACAGAUAGCAGAGCUUAAAGUCCAAGUUGCUGCUUCUGGAGUGCAGAGAAACCAGUCUGAAAGAUUCUUCAGUCAUAGAGAGAACCAGAGUAAACCUGGUGCCAGUGAAAUCAGCAGAGACAGAAAUGGGAGAUCAAAGCACACAGAGAUGAGAACCAGUUGGCCUCGGCCAUGGUAUUGCUUCCGCUGUGGAGAUGACGGCCAUCUAGCCAUCAACUGUGAAAAUCCCCCAAAUCUCUCUAGAGUUGAAGAAAAGAGAAGAAAGCUGAGAGAAAGGCAGGCUGAGUGGGAUCUCCAACGUAGUUCCACCACGGAGUCUUUAAAUUAAGA